AUGGCGGGGCCGGGCGGCGGCGGCGGCACUUUCCUAUCUCGCGCCAACGGCGCCCCCCCGCCCGCGCGGGGCCGGGCCGCGCAUGCGCGCUGCCGCCUCCCGCCCGCGCAAAGAGGCGCGCGCGGGAGGGCGCCCGCCCGCUCCGCCUCCGGUAAGCUCCCCCCCCCCACACUCCGCACCGGGGUCCGGGGGGAUUCCCCCCCCCCACCGCUCCUGCUCUCCCCGCUGCAAACACCCCCCAGCCCUGGCAGGACCCCCUUUACCCCCAGCAGUUACCCACCGCCCACCAUCACUGCCCCCGAAGCAAAAACCCCUCCCUCUCCCAAAUCAGCUUAA